AUGAGAAAGGUCAGAAACCUCAAAAUAACUAAUCAAAACCCUAACACCACCCCACCUUGCAGCCGAAGAUUCACCGCCCCGGCCGUCGUCUUCUCUGCCAAAGGCUACACCGGAAACCCCUUCCACGACUUCACCGACGUGCUCAUCCCACUCUACCUCACCUCUCAACCAUUCAACACCACAGUAAUCUUCCUCGUCACCAACAUCAACUCAUGGUGGAUUUCCAAGUACAAACCAAUCCUAAACAUGCUCUCCAAAUACGACCUCAUCGACCUAGACAACCAAGACGACGUACUAUGUUUUCCAAGAAUCAUCGUCGGGCUCAAAUCCCACAAAGAGUUGGGCAUAGAUCAAUCGAUGCCUCCAAAUUAUUCAACUGCCGACUUCACCAAAUUCCUCAGAAAAACGUACUCGUUAGAGAGAGGACGCCUCGUCGGAGGUUGCAAGGACAAGAGGCGGCGCCCUCGCCUGCUCAUCGUCUCGAGACAGAAGACACGGCGCCUGAGGAACGAAUACGAGGUGGCUGAGUUGGCACGGAGUGUUGGAUUCGAUGUGAGAGUGAGGGAAAUGGGGUGGCACGUUUCGUUGGUGGCGAAGUUUGUAAAUAGCUUCGACGUGAUGGUGGGCGUGCAUGGUGCAGGGAUAACCAACAUGGUUUUUCUUCCAGAAAAUGCAGUUGUGAUACAGAUUGUGCCGAUUGGAUUGGAGGGUCCGUCGAGGACUUACUUCGAAAUUCCAUCCAAAGAUAUGAAGUUGAGGCAUUUGGAGUAUAAGGUGGAAGUGAGGGAGAGUUCAUUGGUUGAGAAAUAUGGGAUUGGAAAUCAGGUGUUCAAUCGUCAAGCUUUGUAUAACAAGGGUUGGAAUGAAUUUCGUUCUGUUUAUUUGGAUAACCAAGAUGUGAGUAUUGAUUUAUUUAGGUUUAAGAGAGCUUUAUUGGAAGCUAUGGACCUUGUUUGUAGCUAG